UAAAAUAGCUGAGCUUGCAGCUCGGCCUCGCUUGUUUUCGCGCAAUUUUAUUUACGAAAACAACGACAUAAAAAUGUCCCUCAAAAAGGCUUUAGAAGAUUGUCUUAUUGAUUUCGACCGUCGUAUCAUGGUCACCGACCUGCUGGAGGAGUACAAGCUGCCCUACAAGGAGGUCAACGAGACCCUGGAAGAGUACAUUAAGAAACAGGAACCGGCUACGAAAUUCGAGAAGAGAUUCUUGGUGCACGGAAAGCGGAGUACAGAAGGAUCUGAAUCCGGAUCAGAAGAUGAGGUCUUCACUGUGGUGCAGGAAAGCAAACUGCAGGAUUGGCUGUCCAAGCUGAAGGAUGCCCAGUCCCAGCUGUACAGCGUGGAAAUAGCCGGGGGCUCCAAGUCCCCGGCCACCAUUUUCCAGCCCAUGCAGUACCUGGAGGUGAAACUGGGCAAGGUGGAGCCGCGUGCUGGAGUGAACGGAGUCGACAAGCCUGCCCCAGUCGCAAAUGGUGCUCAAAAGACUUCAUCCCUCACCAAUGGUGUGAAAAAGGAGGACUCAAAAGCUACGGUUAAGCAGGAAACGGUCAAGUCAUCAGUCAAGUCGGAACCAUCUAAAUCCGCGGUCAAGAAGGAGUCGGAGAAGGUGUCACCAGAGUCCAAGAAGACCUCACCCAAAGAGCAGGCCUCGAGUUCCAAAGCGGGUGCAGCCAAGAAGGGCAGCAUCAGUAGCUUCUUCACAGCAGCCCCAGCGGGAAACAAGCAGAAGGAUGUGAAACCCACGCCCAGCAAGGCAUCGAGUACCAUGGACAACUUCUUCAAGAAGCAGCCACCAGGAGCCAAGAAGUCGCCCCCCGCGCAAAAGGAAAGUGCAACUGCAAAGCAAAAAGAGCCGUCACCCAAAAACAAAAAGAAAUCGCCAUCCCCAACGAAGAAGAAAGCUGCAGCCAACACUUCCGUCCAGUUGUUCGACGAGGAGAGUGCCGAGUCCUCCGACGAGGAGGAGAAACUGGACAAAAUGAGGCGCAAGGUGAUUGGCUCGGAGGAUGAGUCCGAUAAGGAGAAGCCCAUGACAUCCAAGCGGAGGCGCAUCAGCGAUUCAGAAGACGAGGAGCAGCCGCCCAAGAAGGCCGCCGAGGCAGAGCCCGUCACUGUAGACGAUGAGUCCAUGGACACGGAGCCGGCUAACGAAACCUACUUGGAUGAGGAGGGAUUUGUGAUUACCCAGCGCAAGCCCUCAAAAAGCCAGCCAGCUAAGAAGAAGCCUUCUCCCAAGGCAGCAGCUCCGGCUGCCAAGAAGAAGUCACCGCCAUCAGCCCCCAAAGGUGGCAAGGAAGCAACAAAAACCAAGCAAGCUGGCAUCCUGAACUUCUUUUCGAAGAAGUAGUCAUAAGCAUGAAGCAGAAUGUUAAAUAAGUUAAGGUUAAUAACAUCUUAUUGUUUUUUAAAUACAGCUCUUUACGAGAAUACUGUGAAGUUGUGAAGAGUAUAGUUAGUUAUAGUUAGAAAUCGAAGAAAGUUGAACAAUUCCCAGUAAAAGGCAAUCAAAUUUGUUGUUAAAAAGAA